AUGGCCGAUUUUCUGGAUGCGGGGAAUGCGCAGCCAGAGAUUCUGAAGUUUCCAAGCGAAAUCCUGGAGAAUCAACAGUUGGGUUGGACCAGCUGGGAGCCGACCCCGCCGAAGGAGAACGAGAACAACUCCUGGGCCGUUUCGAAACUCUUCGAGGAGCGCCCAGCGCCCUUCGAGGCUGUCGAUGAUGCGAAUGACUUGGCGACGGAAAAGCUCCAAAGUCUGCUCUACCCCGACGACUGUGGCGCGCCCCGAUACGUGCCUCAGGUGGAUUCGACCACGGAUUGCGAGGGCUGGAUCUAUGGCACCAAGGCCUCCAGGUUGACCGUGCCGCGCCUCGGGGGUCGGGCCACCAAGCGGCUGAACGACCGGGUGCGCAUGCGCCGCUGGAACUUGGUGCCUGAAGGCAGCAAGGCGGGCGACGCUGCGGGCGAGGCUGCGGCGGGCAAUGCCCAGAGCGCCAUGGAGAGCAUGUGGAAGGCGCUGGCAGAGGUCAUCGGGCGACGCCGCGUGUCGGAGAUUCCGGUGGACCCCACUGCCAUCAUCCGACGCUCGCAGAACGAUGUGGAGAGAUACAAUCAGCUCUGCCAAAGACUUCCGCCCUGGGAAGAUAUCCCAGUACUGAUGGAAAUGCUCGUGGCGGCGCUCUACAGCCGCAGCGCCUACGGCUUCACGGGGCGCCAAAAGCUCUUCGACUCGGUGGCACAAGGUGCCAUGGUGUUCUCUAUCCAUCGCGCUAUGUUCGACUAUGCUGAGCACGUGGAUGACGCCUCCAAUGAUUUGGCCUUCCGCGACAUGAUGGGCUUGGCACCAGAGGACCUGGUGAAGACGCAAUGGAAAGGCACGGCCUUGCAACCUGUGUACGUGGUCGCCCGCGACCACGCCUUGCAAUGGAUCGUAGUGGCGGUGCGGGGCACGCUGUCGCAGAACGACAUCCUCACGGAUUGCGCUGUGAACGGCGUGCCAUUUCUGGGAGGCACCGCCCACGAGGGCUUUGCGAAGACAGCCCAGAAGCUGCUGAAGGAAAUAGAAGGCAUCUUGCGUGAGGAGCUGGCGGCACACCCGACCUACCAGUUGGUCUUCUGCGGUCACAGCAUGGGGGGUGCCUUGGGGGCCAUGUGCGUCGCCAUCCUCCGAGCCAAGGCGUCUAUCCCCGAGACGCGUGCGGCGUACACCUGGGCCAAAGGUUGUCGAGCCUUUGGGAUUGGCACCCCCGCGGUCUUGUCGCGCAAUCUUGGGGAGUCGCUGGCGCAGCAGCAAGCAGUGUACACGUUGGUGAAUGCACAGGAUUGGUCGCCGCGCGCAUCUCUUUCGAACGCCACGGAGCUCUUGGACGACCUCUGCGAGCUCAGCGUGGCGCGCACCGUGGCGCGCCUCGUCUCGGGCGCGGCCUACGGCGACGCUCGAAGCGGGGCCGAGUUGCCGGAGGCGGAGGUGGAACAUCUUCCUCCAGGCGUUAUUCUUCAGAUCGUACCGGGCAAGGAGACAAAGUUGCUCAAAGCUUCGGUGGUUGACUACAGACAUUCAUUUCCAGCGUGGCCAGAUGUUGCUGCACACAUCCCGCUGGCAUACAUUGAAGGCCUUGCGAUAGGGCUCCGGCAAUACAUCGCCGCUGACUUCAGCAGGGCCUACUGUCAACCGGCGGCAUACCAGGCCCUGGGCCGCGUGAUGGACGCCGCCGCCUGCUGUGACAAGGCCAAGCUGCCCAACUUCCCCGACCAGGCUAGAUUGGUCGUGACUGAGCAGUUGAAGCACUUGGGUGGUAGCAGCCUUGCGCUCCAGCAGCAGCCUGGAGGAGGUGCGGAGCAGCUCCAGGACGUGAGCCGCAGUCCCAAGAAGGUGGAAGGGAAGACCGGCACUCCAAAAGAGACGAAAGCCAAGUCCACCCCUGAGAUUGAGCAGGCGAAGCUUGAAGCACUGGAGAAACUGAGAAAACUUCAGUCGGUGGAGCCGAAAGAGGCGCGCGCCAAGGAGUGGAGAGCUUUGUUAAGGGAUUGGCAUCCCGACAAAAAUCCAGACAAAGUGGAGGUGGCGAAAGAGGUCUUCCAAUUCCUCCAGAAGGGAAAGACAAUUAUCAAUGUCUGA